ACUGUUAAUUGAGUUUCUAUCACCCUCCUCCCCUUUUCUGCUCCCAUUGCCAUUUUUGUGCUGAUUAAUUCAAAAAUCUGCAGUGAUUAAUACCGUGUGACAGGCUAAUCCUGCACUUGGUGAUGCUACAAAUCAUACUGCUCAGCUCCUCCGCUCCUCACAGCUUGUCUCUCCUCCUCGGACACUUCUUCAGUGCCUUGUUUACUGUCGCUCUCUUGCGCCGUUCUGGGCAGUGCUAGUCUGCGCUCAUCUCGGAGACAUACUGCCCUCACAGCAGACACAUCCCUUCCACCCAGUUGAAAUAAGAGUCUGGAGCCAUGGCAGUUAUUACCGGAACAUUCCGCAUGGUGUCUGAGGAGGAGCAGGCCCUUCGUGCCAAACUGGAGCGUCUCACUGUGAAGGACCAUGGGCCUGUGUUUGGGUCCUGUGAGAAGUUACCCCCUCACACUGUACAAAAGGCUAAGGAUGAGAUGAAUGAGACAGAUGAGAACAGGGUGUCAGCGGUGAAGGAACUGCGGGCUUUGAUCCAGGAGAAGCAGGACUUGGGUGAAGAUGUGGCCAAGUCUGUUGCUGAGCGCAUGCUGGACAAGCCCGAUUCACUUCUGCUGAGAUUCAUUCGUGCUCGCAAAUACGACAUCAACCGCGCCUACGAGCUUAUGAAAGGUUACGUGCGUUUCCGGGAGCAGUACCCCGAGCUGUUUGAGAACCUGACCCCCGAUGCUGUGCGCAGUACCAUUGAGGCUGGCUACCCUGGCAUCCUGUCCAGCAGGGACAAGUACGGCCGCGUGGUGCUGCUUUUUAACAUUGAGAACUGGGACUAUGAGGAGAUCACCUUUGAUGAGAUCCUGCGUGCAUACUGUGUGAUCCUGGAGAAUCUGCUAGAGAAUGAGGAGACACAGAUCAAUGGCUUCUGCAUCAUUGAGAACUUUAAGGGCUUCACCAUGCAGCAAGCAUCUGGGAUCAAACCCACUGAGCUGAAGAAGAUGGUGGACAUGCUGCAGGACUCCUUUCCUGCACGGUUCAAGGCUGUCCACUUUAUACACCAGCCUUGGUAUUUCACCACCACUUACAAUGUGGUCAAGCCCCUGAUGAAGAGCAAGCUGCUUGAAAGGGUUUUCGUACACGGAGAUGAGUUGGAAAACUUCUUCAAGGAGAUUGACGAGGAUAUCCUGCCCUCUGACUUUGAUGGGAAGUGCCCUAAAUAUGACGGCAAGGCUACAGCAGAGAAACUGUUCGGGCCACGGAGCGAGUCAGAAGACACGGCCCUUUAACCUGCUACCCACGCUGAUCUGAGGCUAGGACACAGAAAUUUGGAAAAAAUUUUUUUGGUUUUAGAGUUUAUAUUACAAAGUUCUUUUUAAUUGGGUAGUUAAUUGAAACCAUGCACCAGACAAAGCAAAACAACACAAACCGCACCAAAACAACCUUAAUAAAAACCUGAGUACAGAUUUCCAGCUUGACACAACACCUCUUCCUUGUUACAAAUAUAUUGCUCUAAUGUGUUAUCUACCAGGGACAGGUACAGGGCAAAGAUCUUAAUAGACCUUUUAAGCUGCAUUUUUUUCUGUCUGUGAUUGCCUUAAUUGUAAUCAAUGAUUGUGGAACAUCUCACUGAGCCUUAAACCCAGAUAAUGGCAAAGAGCUGUGGAGCACUGGCAGAGCACUAGUCGGGGCCAAAUAAGGCUGGUCACUGGUUCAGAAGCUGGUGACAGAAUUUCAAGAACAAGAAUACCAGCAAAGUGUAUUUUAUUGUUAGGGAAUAGCUAGAAGGCCACAAACAGCUCAUCCACACAACAUUACAGUACAAGGAAAUGUUAAAUCAAAUGUCUUGCAAGGAGUCACAAAAGCAGAAUCUUUUUUCUUGCAAUUAGCUACAAUAUCAAGAAACUGCUGCAGUGCACAGUGGAAUUGUACCAGGAAAUGGUGUUGUAUACUAAUGUUGUUCCUCUAGUUCAGUGGUAAGCUGUUUAGUGUGAGGUGGUGUUUUUCAUGGUGUGGUUUGCUUUGUGUGCGAAUUAAUACCUCUGAGCUGAUCGCCCAGGCUGAUGAAGAUCUGGCUGGCCCCAGCUUUUGACCUGGCCUGAAGUGCUUUGCUUUCUCGUGCUAAAUUGGGAAAGCAGACACAGCUUUAGUCAGCUACCUAGAAGACCACAAAAUGAAACAUUUCAAAGGCUACCAGAUGUUAAAUUGAAUUUGAUGAUUGAAAAAGAGAUAUUAACAUAUUUUAUGUAGUUGAAUACGUCAUGAAAUAAGAAGGAAAAAAGCAAUAUUUACAA